GACCAGGCGGCAGCCCUCAGAAAGUGGGAAGUUUUCGCCAUUCUGUCUGAGAAAUUAAUCACCUUCAUGUCGACUCUGUUGGAUACUAACCCGCCGAUGCUAUGGUUACCUUUAUUACGAUCUUACAGGUGAAUCUAGUGAUGUCCAUCCUGCUGUAUGUGAUGGUCCUCGUGUACCUCUAUGGUAUCCAGGCAACCAACAUGGAUAGCGGUCACCAAGGGCAACAGCAGCCGAGUCCCGACACUUUAAACUCACUGAUCAUCCAGCUGCUUCAGGCUGACCUGAUGAGAGGGAAGACCAGGGGGAACCAGAGCCAACAGGGUAAAAGCAGGGACACGGAGCCCCGGGACAUGCUGCCUCCUCUCCUCAGUGCAAACUUUCCUUUAGAGGACCAGGGUGAUGUGGAGAAGUGGGGGAAAUGGAGUCGCAGUGGUGGGAGCAGUGAAGGUACGGUGGACCAGCAGGUAAUGCUGUUGAACUCGGACCUGCUCAGGCAGCACAAGCGGUACAACUCACCUCGGGUGCUGCUGAGCGACCGGCUGCCACUGCAGCCGCCACCACUUUACCUCGCCGAUGACUUUGUCAGCAGCGGACCAGAGGGCGGGCCGGUGGGAAACAAGACACGAAAGAAGCGCUAUGCUGAGCACAAAAGCUACCGCGGGGAAUAUUCUGUGUGUGACAGCGAGAGCCAUUGGGUGACGGAUAAAACCCAAGCAGUGGACACCAAGGGGGAACGGGUAACUGUUCUGGCUAAAAUUAAAACCAGUGCCACGCAAGAAAUUAAGCAGUUCUUUUUUGAGACACGUUGUCGGACCCCAAGGCCCUUCAAGGGUGGCUGCAGGGGCAUCGACGACAAGAACUGGAACUCGCAGUGUAAGACGACUCAGACGUAUGUUCGGGCUCUAACGCAGAGUCACAAUUCAGUGGGCUGGAGGUGGAUACGCAUUGACACUUCCUGUGUCUGCGCAUUGUCGAGGAAACGUCGUAGGACGUAAACUAAACAACACAAACUCACCUGUGGACUACCUGUUUGGAAUUUUACUUCCUAGAAAGGAUUUUGGUUCAGUCCUCGCCACCACAGGACAAUGUGUUGGGCUGGUAAAGAGCAACAUUCUGCUAUAAAGUGAGACUAUAACAGAAAAAACCUUGGGUCCUUUUAAAUGAUAUUUCACUUUCAUGUGCUGCAAAUCCACAGACCCGUGUGGCACUGCUGUUAACUCGUUUGAGAGGGGUAGGGAAGGAAGGAGCGAGUGUGUGGGGAGAACUGUACAUAUAAAUUAUUUAAAUUAUAUGAAAUGCAUGUAGUUUAUACAUGUUAAUCUAUCUAUAUAUGAUGUAUGAAUAUAUUUGUGUUAUUUAUUGAAAGAAGUCUUUUUCAAAAGGCAAAAAAAUGUCUAUAAAAAAAGAAAUCAAACAAGCUAUGAACUCAUUCUGAGACUAUAAUACAGAGCUGGGAUUCAAAGGUGCUUCACAAUAAGACUUUACAUGUGCCUUGAGCAGUGUGACUGCAGAGCAGAGAGAUAGGACGUUGUAACUCACAGACAGAGCGUUUGUUUCAGGGGUAAACAGAGCUGCAGGGACCUGUUCUGUCCUGCAGUCCAAUGUGGGGCACAAAUUCUAAGCAUUACCACUCAAUGAGACCGAUAACUAUAUCAUAACGUAUAAGGAAUACUGUGACCACAACACAGAUCUGGAAUUUGUGACCAAACCAUGUACCCUGUGAUCACAAUUGACCAUACUGUUCUGCUGUAAUACUUCCUAUAUUCAUUCAUUCAACUCUGGGACACUUUGACAAAAUAAAAGCAGAAAUCGCUCCUGUGGAAUCUGCUGAGAGAUUCAAGAAAAUCCUUCUGUUUGGUUUUCCUCAGGCCACCUUGAUGCUGUUCAUCACAUUUUAAUCUCAACUGGU